CAAAAGGGCUUCCUCUGCAGGGAAGGAAGGGAAAUGCCUGGCGGCCGGAGGAGGAGGAGGAGAGCAGCAGCAGCAGCAGCCCUGGGCAGAGCGCGGAGAUCGGCAACUAGGGACCUUCCAGUCGCAACAAGCUGAUGGCAGCGAUGGGGCAGGGCGACUACGGCUCUCCGCGGCACUGACCGCCGCCUCCCCUGCCUGCCCGGCCAAAGAGACUCCGGCGGGCACUUUGCGAGAGAUCGCCGCUGCCUCUCUCGCUCGCUGUAACUUGGCUGAGCAGAUUCCCGCCCGCUUGCGAACCAUCCAUGCCCCGACCUGAACGUUAGAAGCCCGGGGGCUCAGGCGGAGGGAGGGCGGAAGGUGCCACCCGGAGAGCGCCUGGCGAGGAUCAUGAUGAUUUGAACCGGGGAGGCGAGAGGGGGGAAGACUCCGAAAGAUGAGCCACGCAGAUCUUACAAAACCACCACUAGCACCAAAACCAAAGAUUCACAGUCAUCUUGCUUCUGUAGCUGCUUCCAAAUUCCCUCCAUCACUGUCAAAGUCUGGCACAUUUCACCAUUCAAACUCUAUGUCUAGGGGUCCCAAGCCGCCUAUUGCUCCGAAGCCAAAAAUCUCUGCUGACAACGACCCGGUGAUUAUACAGAGAUCCAGUGUUUAUGCCAACAAUACCUUUAAUAAAUGCAUCAAUGGAAAACUGAUAUGUACAGAAGGAGAGCUUUUUGAAGAAAACCAGUGCAAUAUUCAGUGCUCAGAAUCAGAGAUUGAUGAUGAAUAUAUUGUAAUUCCUGAAGCUGAACUGACUGACAAAGGCUAUAAUAACUUUGAACAUGAGCAGGAACCAGAGAAUGAGAUAUUACACACUCCAGAAGCAGCAGAUGAGAAAGAGGAUAACUGCACUGACAACAAUGAGAUCGGUGAUCUUGAAAUAAAUGUGUCAGAGAAUAAUGAUGCUGAACCAGUGGAAGAGGAACCAACUGAAACUGGAGCUGUUGGCAGCCUUGAAGCAUCUGGAAAGGAAAAAGAGGAUCCUCCGAAGGAUGGGUAUGAAAAAGAGGACUAUGAAACUGAUCCCAGUGAAACCAAAAUGAACUAUGCAGAUGAGACUGAUGAAACAGUCCAAGAGCUGGAUCUUGUAAAAGAAAACAAUGAGUAUAAUAUGGACAAUAGAAUUUUGAAUGGAGAUGAGGUGUUGAAGGACACUAUGUGUGAUGAUAUUAUUCUGAGACAUUUAGAGGAACCAAUACCAACUUCAGAGGACCUGCCACAAAUUUGUGAGGAUCCAGAAGAGGAGGAUCCACCUCAGACUUUAGAAAAGGAGCAACUCUAUGCUGAUAGAGAAAUGGGUACAAUCCCUAACCAUGGAGAUGAAUCAGACUUGAAGAUAGAGACAUUGCUGGUGGAGGAUGCUUGCUUAAGUUCUGAUACUCUUAUUGGUGAUUCUGAAGAAGCAGAUGUUCAAUUAGAACUCAAUGGACCUGAGCCCAAUAUAGAAGGGACUUUGGGAGGGACCACUAAUGAAGUUGAUGUGGAAAAUGAGGAGGAAAUAAGUCCAAAUGCUGAAUGUGAUACAAAUAUUAAACAAGAAGAAAUUAUAGAUGAUGGCUGCCAAACCACUGAGAUGAAGCAUGAGGAAGAAACACCAGAUACAGUAUGUGAUAUAAGGGGAGACACUGAAGAAAAAAAUUAUGAAGUGGCAGAGCCGGAGCCAGAUGAUAGUUGUCAGAUCAUCCCCUUUGAAAAGGAAUGCAGUGAAGAUGCCUCUGACUCUCCUGAAGAAGACACAGGUGAAGGUUUGCCAUCAGAAGUACUCAAUGAGAACCAGCAUUUCAUUCUUCAAGAAGUUAAUGAGCUGGAAUCUGAGUCACAGUUGGUAGAAGAAUCUAAACCAGAUGUUUCAUCUGGAGAUUGCCCUGAAAGCAAACAUGCUUUGGAAGACACACAAUCAGAUAACAACCUUCUUGAGGUGGAUCACAGCAGUGGUGAGGAAAUUGUCCCAAAUACACCCAGUGAAACAUCAGUUGAAGAUGGAUGCUGCUCUAUAGGAGAAUUGGGUGAAUGUCAUCAUAGCCAGAAUGAAGUGAAGCCAAGCAGUGAAUAUAUAAUUGAUGAAACUUCAGUAGUCCCCGAUAUGGUGGCUGUUUCUGAUAAAAAUAAUGUAGAAACAGUCAAUGACUCCCUAGAUGAUCCAUAUGUAUUGGGAGAUAGUUUGCCUUCAGCAAAUGAAAGACUUUGUGUUGGACAUGGAGUUUGGGAGGCUGAUGUCCAGGAUAGUUCAAGUGAUUUUAAAGAAGGAGGGAGUACAGACACUGAAAACCACUUGCUCUGCAUUGAUCGAAAAAGCAUUGUUACUAGAACAAGGUCCCUUUCUGGGAAAGUACCGGGCUAUGUGCCAGAAACAGUUCCAGAAGAAACAGGCCCAGACACUGAAUUGCAGCCCUCAAGCACAACCUCCACUGUUGAUGAUGUAAGCCAUAAUUUCCCUCUGUUGGAAGGAAAGCCCAUGGAACUGAAUAGGGCAUUACCUGCAAAACCAAGAAAUUUUGUUUUAUAUCCUCGAUCUUUUUCAGUAGAAGGCAGAGAUGUCCCAGUCUCUGUAUAUAGAGAAACUGAUACCUCUGUAUUGGAUUACAAUAGAAUAAAUAGGACAGAAGACCUUGCUUUGCCUUGUGUCAUUGGUUCCUCAGGUAGUUUUUCCCAGAGAAAUCACCUUCCAUCCAGUGGGGUCUCUACCCCAUCAUCAGUUGUUGAUAUUCCACCCCCUUUUGAACUAGCCUGUAUCACCAAAAAGCCCAUCACAAAAAGUUCACCUUCACUUUUAAUAGACACUGAAUCUCCUGAUAAGUACUGCAAGAAGAAGAAGUCCUCUUUUAAAAAGUUCCUCACCUUAAAGUUCAAGAAGAAGACUGAAAAUAAAGUCCAUGUGGACGUUCAUGUUUCUUCUUCAAGGUCCUCCUCAGAAUCUAGUUAUCAUGGGCCUUCUCGGGUAAUGGAACUGGACAGGAGGAGUUUGAGUAGUUCACCUCAGCUAAUAUCACGGACUGGCAAGCUGAGGGCUUCUGAGUCUCCAACUGUUCUCUUCUACAAAGAUGGCAAGAGAAAAGGGACACCCAAAACCUUUAGCAGGAGUGUGUCAAGGGUGGAAUCUUUUGAAGAUCGCUCAAGACCUCCUUUCAUGCCCCUUCCUUUAACUAAGCCUAGGUCUAUUUCCUUUCCUAAUGCUGAUACUUCUGACUAUGAGAAUAUCCCAGCUAUGAGCUCUGAUUAUGAAAAUAUACAGAUUCCCCCACGAAGACCCACCAGGGCAGGAACCUUUACUGAAUUUUUUGAAGAUCCUAGCAGGGCAUUAUCUGCUGCUAAUGAGAAUGAUGGCUAUGUGGAUAUGAGCAGUUUUACAGCCUUUGAGAACAACAAACAGCAACCUACCAGCCAGGAAACAGAAAGUGCCUACACAGAACCUUACAAGGUGUGCCCUAUCUCUGUGAUUCCUGUUGAAGAUGUCACAUCAGAUGAGGAACAGAAAAGUUCUGGAGAUGAAGAGAGUAACCAAGGAGAUACCAAUCUUGUCCACAAGAAAGAAGGACAAUCUAGAGCCCAGUUUAUUGCCCAGGAGCUUGUGUCUUCAGAGAAAGUAUAUGUGGAGAUGCUCCAGCUGUUACACAUGGAUUUCCAUGCAGCUGUCUUAAAAGUGUUAGGAGAUGAGGAUGACAAUGACCAUGAAGAAGCAAAGCUCAAGGAAGGACUGAGUGAGAUCCCAGAAAUCUACAAAUUGCACCAAGAAAUAUUGGAGGAGCUGGAAAAUAAAGUUCUCAACUGGGAAGGACAUCAGAAAGUGGCUGAUGUUUUCCUCUCCAGAGAAUCAAGGUUCAGCCACCACACAGCUUACAUUAUACAGUUUGAUAGAAAUUUGGCUUUGCUGGAUGAAGCCCGUCUUAAAUCUUCCCAGCUGGAUACUGUCAUUCAGGAAUUUGAGCGGUUUCGUGGUGGCAGUCCCUUGAAUGUGAAACAUCAGCUUUUGAAAGUGGUUCAGCGCAUAUUCCAGUACCACGUGCUACUCACAGAUUACUUGAAUAACCUUUGCCCUGAUUCUGCUGAGUAUGAAGAUACACAAGCUGCCUUGCUCAUCAUCUCUGAAGUUGCAGACCGAGCCAAUGACAGCAUGCAUCAAGGGGAAAAUCUGCAAAAGCUGGUACAUAUAGAACAUAGUGUCAAGGGGCAAAGCGACCUCCUCCAGCCAGGAAGGGUGUUUCUUAAAGAAGGAACGCUAAUGAAAGUGUCUGGGGAAAACAGGCACCCUCGACAUUUGUUCUUGAUGAAUGAUGUUCUGCUGUACACAUAUCCCCAGAAGGAUGGCAAGUAUCGCCUGAGGAGCACCUUGUCUGUGUCUGGCAUGAGGGUUAGCCGUCCAUUGACUGAAAAAGCCCAAAAUGUCCUGAAGAUUGAAUAUGCUGAAAAUUGCCUUACUCUAUCAGCAAGCUCCUGCUCUGAAAGAGAUGAGUGGUACAGCUGCAUCAGCAGAAGCAUCCCAGAUGACUAUAGGACUCACAGUGCAGCAGGUUUUCACAACAGCGUGGAACUUAGGCAAAGGCUGGGAAUAUCUUUGGGUGAGAGGCCUCCCACCUUGGUACCUGUGUCUCACGUCAUGAUGUGCAUGAACUGUGGUUGUGACUUUAAGCUCACGUUGAGGCGUCAUCAUUGCCACGCAUGUGGGAAGAUUGUAUGCCGCAAUUGCUCAAGAAACAAGUAUCCUCUGAAGUACCUCAAAGACCGCCUAGCAAAAGUCUGUGAUGGCUGUUACACAGAACUGAAGAGGAGAGAGCGGCCCAUCAGUGUGAGCUUCCCUACCAGUUCAUCCAGGUUUUCAGGCAGUGCCUUCUCUUCUGUCUUCCACAAUAUCCACUACUCAUCUUUCAAAAGACAAAAGAAAAUCCCUUCAGCUCUUUUGGAGGUAGGAUCAAGGAUGCCUGCAAAAAGGUGGCAGCUUCGGGAGAAGGCUCUUCUAUCAGUGGCUAUCUCAGCAGAUGCAGGAGGGGGAAAAGGCACUGGAAGAAACUAUGGUUUGUUAUCAAAGGCAAAGUGCUUUACACCUACACAGCAAGUGAGGAUAAAGUCGCCACAGAGAGUUUGCCUUUGCUGGGUUUCACAAUUGUCCCAGAAAAGGAAGACAGAAAUAUGGAUGCAGUUUUCCACCUUUACCACAAGCAAACUCUGUUUUAUAGCUUCCGAGCAGAAGAGAACAACUCAGCACAGAGAUGGAUUGAAGCCAUGGAGGAAGCAUCUGUAUUAUAGCAGUUAUAAUCUCAGUGGACUUUGAAUGAACACAUUUAUAUUUGCAAAAGAACCCUUCUACUGGAAGAAAUAUCCCAACCUGGUUAAACGUACUGGACAGAACUUGGUUUUUCCUUCCUUCUUUAAAUGUACCUCCUCGCAGAUGGAAAUUUUAAACUAAGGAAUAUUUAUGGCCCCUUUUCUAUAUGUGCAAGUUCAUCCUUCACUGUACUUCACUCCCAUUUAAUACAGCUGCAUAAUUUUUUCAAGAUGUAGAAUAAAUGUACACAUUAUUUCUGAAAGAUAUGCUUACUCAUA